UUUCAUCCACUAAAAAUAGGAAGUAAAUACAUAUCAUUUAGAUUCUAUUUAAAUGGCAGAUAGCUUGGGGCUCCAACUAUCUAAAAAAUCAUUCUUACACACGCAUUGAACUGAAUCAAUAAAAUGGUUGCAAUAUUCACUAAUGUAGGGAUUAUGAUACCCAAUAUUACCACCUCCAAAAGACCAACAUCAUAUUGUACUUGUUUUUCCUCUGUCACCUCACUCUGUCUCUCUACACCUGCUAGCCUCAUGAAGAUUACUAAACCAUCACUUAAUCACAAGUCUGCUAAUAUUUCCGCUAAUUUUUCAUCUUCAAAUGGAAACCCAAUUAGACGUUCAGGGAAUUACGAGCCUACCAUGUGGGAUUUUCAAUUUAUUCAGUCCAUAGGCAAUGAUUAUGUGGGAGAGAAGUAUAUGAAGCGAUUUACCGAACUGAAGGCAGAAAUUAAGAAGAAUUUGAUGAUGAUGAUGAUGGUUGAGGGAUCAUCAGAUGAAUUGGAAAAGUUGGAGCUCAUUGAUAAUUUACAGAGGCUUGGAGUGAGUUACCACUUCAAAUAUGAAAUUAUGCAAAUUUUGAGGACUAUACACCAGAGUAGUGCAGCCACAGGAGAUUCAUUACACUCCACAGCUUUGAAAUUUAGACUCUUGAGAGAACAUGGUUUUGAUAUCUCCCAAGAUAUAUUGAACGAUUUCGGGGAUGAGAAUGGCAAUCUGAAGCAGAGUAUUUGUAACGACACAAAAGGUUUAUUAGAACUGUAUGAAGCUUCGUUUCUCUCUACUGAAACUGAAUUCACUUUGAAAAAUGCCACAACAUUCACCGUGGCACAUCUUAAGAAUUAUGUUGAUAAUCAUCCUGGUGAUCAAGACAAUAUAAUGGUGGCAUUAGUCCUCCAUGCCUUGGAACUUCCAAGACAUUGGACAAUGCCAAGAUUAGAGACAGAGUGGUAUAUUAGCAUUUACGAGAGAAUGUCAAAUGCUAAUCCCCUCUUGCUCGAGCUCUCUAAGUUGGACUUCAACAUUGUUCAAGCAGCACACCAAGAAGAUUUGAGAACACUGUCAAGGUGGUGGAAGAGCACAAGUCUGGCAGAAAAGUUGUCAUUUUCAAGAGAUAGACUGGUGGAAGACUUUUUGUGGUCAGUUGGGUUAGUAUUUGAGCCUCAACACAACUACUGCCGAAGAAUGUUGACAAAGGUCGUUGCAUUUAUUGUAGUAAUGGAUGAUAUUUAUGAUGUCUAUGGCACUCUUAAUGAGUUGGAAAUCUUCACUGAUGCCGUUGAAAGAUGGGAUAUAAAAGCAAUGAAGCGGCUUCCAGACUAUAUGAAAUUAUGUUACCUUGCACUCUUCAACUCUACCAAUGAAAUGGCGUAUGAUAUUCUCAAAGAGCAAGGGAUCAAUGUCCUACCUUACCUCACAAAACAAUGGGCAGAUUUAUGCAAAGCUUACUUACGAGAAGCGAGGUGGUACUACAAUGGAUAUAUGCCAACACUGCAAGAGUACAUGGAUAAUGCUUGGAUCUCAAUUGCAACUCCUUUGGUAUUGGUCUAUGCAUUCAUCUUUGUCACAAGUUCAAUUACCAAAGAGGCAUUGGAAUCCUUAAACAAUUAUCCUGACAUAAUUCGUCGGUGUGCUACUAUUAAUCGCUACGUCGAUGAUUUGGGGACAUCAUCGGAAGAACUGAAAAGGGGUGAUGUUUCCAAGUCGAUUCAAUGUUACAUGAAUGAGAAGGGUGCUUCGGAAGAAGAGGCAAGAAAACACAUCAAGUUUUUGAUAAAAGAGACGUGGGAACUGAUGAACAAAGACCAAAGGGAAGAAAUGCUAUUUUCUGAAGAAUUCAUUGGGAUUGUGUUAAAUUUUUCAAGAGCAUCACAUUGCAUAUACCAGCAUGGAGAUGGACAUGGAAUUCAAAAUUCCCACAUUAGAGAUCGGAUCACCAAACUACUCUUUGAGCCUAUCACAAUAUAAUUCCAUAGUAGUGGAGCAUCCACUGUGCUUACUAGUGUGUAUGAUUAAAGUAAAAAACGGGUCUCUCAGCAAAAAGGAUAAUUCCACAGUGUCUUAACUGCUCAAUAUCUAAAAAAGCAAAAAGCUCUGCCUCA